ACGGCCGAGAUCUCGGGCUUCCCUGGGGGACCAGAACCCGGCCGCUUGCCUCCUACCGUCGAGGCCACGCCUCGCCCGGCCGGGCCCCGAUUUCUUGACCGACUGACCGGGCCCUGACUGACUGACGGGGGCUGUGUGACUGACACGGGCCGGAAGGACAGACUUCCACGCAUGGCGCGUGGCAGGAGCAGGGUGGAUCUGCCCCACGUCGAGUGCAAGGACCCGGAGCCACAGCCGCUGGGGGACAGCAAGGAGCGGCAGCAGGACGAGGAGAGCCGCGAAGAGGAAGCCGGUCGAGGGCCAGCCAGAAGUCAGGUUUCUAGCCCCUCUAUCGCCACCUCCAGUGCCAACCGCCAGCUGAUGAUGCUAGAAGGGAAGUCAGGACCCUACUUUUCCUCUCUGGACUCGAGCAUCGACAUCCUGAAGAAGAGGGCCCAGGACCUGAUUGAAAACAUCAACGAGAGCAGGCAGAAGGACCAUGCACUCAUGACCAACUUCAGGGACAGCCUCAAGAUCAAGGUUUCAGACCUGACAGAGAAGCUAGAAGAGAGGAUGUACCAGAUUUACAAUCACCACAACAAGAUCAUUCAGGAAAAGCUCCAAGAGUUCACCCAGAAAAUGGCAAAGAUCAGCCAUUUGGAGACAGAGCUCAAACAAGUGUGCCACACCGUGGAGACAGUGUACAAAGAUCUGUGCAUCCAGCCUGAGGCUAUUACUGCGGAAGAAGAACAAACCCACAGAGAUGGUGAGAGCUGACAGCUUCUGGGAGAGUCCCCUCUUAGGCUCAGAGGCCACCAUUCAGGCCAUGCUGAGAAAAUUGUUUUUCACAGUUCUGUAAGGCAUCUUGGCAAAAAAUGAAAUAAAAUAAAAUAAUCCAAAAGUC